AUUCCAAAGCCGAGCGGAGAAGUCACUCACAUCGGUCAUGGUGGCUAUAAUCUCCGUGACACUUUGCAUUGGAAAGAGGUGCUGUAUGCACAAGUACAGAAUUGUGUGCAUUAUUUAGCAGAUGCGCAUUUGCAGACGCAUUCGUCAUUCUCCAAGCAGUCACUCCAAGACCUUCAAUCGGUCUACAUACUGGUGAGGCACAUUGGCUAUGCAGCCAAUGAUCAUCCGUUCUUGGCAAAGUACGAAAACAAUUGGGUUACGGCUGACUUCCUCCGUGUAUAUCUCAAGAAUAAGUCGGCGACUGCAAAG